AUGCCGUGGACAUUUCCUGUCGGGUCUAUGCUAGGUGAUAGUCGUUCACUUGUGCUAAGGGUACAUUUACCCAAAGCUGGAAUUACCAAAACAACUGCAUUCGAUGCUCAAAUGACUGUUGGUCAAGCUUGUGAACGUAUUCGAGCACAAGUACGUGAAUCCGAUCAAACAGAUGGCGCUAAAGACUAUGGUUUAUUCCUUCCUCAUGAAGAUAAUAAAAAAGGUCUUUGGUUAGACAAUUCACGUACUUUAGAACAUUAUAUUUUAAGGAAUGGAGAUACAGUAGAAUACAGGUAUCGAUUUCGAUGGCUUUAUAUUCGUACAAUGGAUGGAACUCGAAAGACAUUGAAAGUGGACGAUAGCAAAACAGUAGCAGAAUUAAUGCUGAUGAUAUGCACUAAAAUGGGCAUUUAUAAUUAUGAAGAAUACCUUUUGGCUCGUGAGCGAGAUGAAACAGAUAAAGAGCGUACAAUGACGUUGAAACGAUCAACUGGUCAUACUGGAACGAUGAUGAGAGAUCAAGAGAAAAUGGAGAAAUUAAAGCGUAAACUGCACACAGAUGAUGAUAUGGAAUGGCUUAAUCCAUCUCAGAGUUUAAGGCAACAAGGUGUAGAUGAGAAAGAAGUUCUGCUAUUGAAACGCCGAUAUUUCUUCUCAGAUAUGAAUGUAGAUGCUCGUGAUCCUGUACAACUCAAUUUAUUAUAUGUUCAACUUAAGGAUGCUAUCCUUAAAGGCACUCAUCCAGUUUCUUUGGAAGAAGCUAUCUAUCUAGCUGGUAUACAAUGCCAAGUUCAAUUUGGAAAUUAUGUUGCUGAAAAAUUUAAACCAAAUUUUUUAGAUUUAAAAGAUUUCCUACCUAAAGAAUAUGCAAAAAUACGUAGUUUAGAGCGGAAAAUCUUUCAACAACAUGCUGAAUUUUGUGGUUUAACUGAAGUAGAAGCGAAAGUGAAGUAUUGUCAAUUUUGUCGCUCAUUGAAAACUUAUGGAAUCACAUUCUUUUUAGUUAAGGAAAGAAUUAAAGGUAAAAAUAAACUUAUCCCUCGUUUACUGGGCAUAACAAAGGACAGCGUUGUUCGAUUAGAUGAGAAGACGAAGGAAGUCUUGAAAAUUUGGCCACUUACAUCAAUUUGUAAAUGGGCAGCAUCACCACAUGCAUUCACUAUGGAUUUCGGUGAAUACUCCCCAGAUGAAUAUUAUACAGCACAGACAUCAGAAGGUGAACAAGUCUCUCAACUUAUUGCUGGUUAUAUUGAUAUUAUCUUGAAAAAACAGAAAGCUACUGAUCAUCCUGGUUUACAAGGUGAUGAAGAGUCGGCCAUGUAUGAAGAGAAUGUUCAAGCAGAAAGAGCUACAAUUGUUCAUCAUCAACGUGCUCCUGUUAAAGGCCGAGGUAGAGAUUCACUAGUGAAUGGUGUAGUUGAAAAAUCCUUUGAACAACAGCAGCAACAAAGAAGUGAAUUAUUAUCCAAUCAUCAAAUACACAUUAAUGAUACCUGGUCUACUCACCAGCAAAAUAAUAUUGGUUUAGAUGGAAAUUCUACACUAGUGGAUGGUCAAAGUGUACUGACAACAACAACACGUCAAAUGUCACCAGAUAAUUUUAUGACUGGUGGAACGCAUAUUUUCCACUAUCAAGAAAUGUCACCAGCUCAGCGAUCUCUUUUAGUUACAAUUAAUGAAGAUUUGGAGACUUUACAGGCAGCUAAAGAACAACUAGACAUUGGUCCACCAACUGAACGUCCUCUGUUAGGUGUUGGUAAAGAUGAAGCAUCUAAACGUUGGUUAAGUGAAUCUAUGGGUGCUAGCCAGGCAAAAGUGACAGAUGAAGUUGGCGCCAUGAAUGCUGCUGUUGCUCAAGCUUUACGUUCAGCCAAUCGAGCUGAAUCUGUUGAUGUUAACGUUGUGCAACAUGGUCAGCCAUUAGAUCAAAUACGUGAUCCUGGUGAUGAUUUAAUGAUGAUGCAGCAAUCAUUCCGUGUUGUUACAAUCCACUUUCCCGCAUUCGUUGAUGAUUUAAAGCGUGUUGCUGUGCUUAGACGUGAAUCAGGUGCUUUAAAAGCUGAUCAAACUGGUCAACCAAUUGUUGCUGAACAAACUGAAGAAUCUACUCAAAAUUUACUCUCAGCUGCUCGUCAUGUUGCCGAUGCCUUCACAGAUCUGUUGCAAUCAGCUCGACCAUUAGCUAUGGGACAGUCGCAUGAAGAAAUUUAUCCAACAUCAGAAGAUGGCAAUUAUCAAGUCAAUAAUCGUGUCACUUCAACCACUCAACAAGGUCCUGUAUCUAGUACUUCACGUAAGGCUAUUAUUGAGGCAGCUAGUCGUGUUGGUGCUGCUAGCAAUGAUCUUCUACGUCAUGUUAUGCAUUGCGGAGAUGACGACGAAUCGUUCAACUCAAAUUAUCUUAUCUUAACAGAUGAAGAAAGAAUUUAUCAGGAUCAAUUGUUGGGACUUGCUAAAGCAGUUGCAAAUACCACCGCUGGACUAGUUGUAAAGGCCAAAGUGUUAGCCUCACAAAUUACCUCAGACCCAGAGGCUCAACAACGUGUCAUAGCGUCAGUAACACAAACAGGUUUAUGCACUAGCCAAUUAGUUGCUUGUACUAAAGUUUUAGCACCAACUAUCCACCAACCGACAUGUCAACAACAAUUAAUUGAAGCUGCUCGUGAAGUUACCUGGGCUGUAGACGGUGUAGUUCAAGCAUCUCGUGCUGCUGUUCUCGUUCCAUCAGAUGAUCCACAAAUGGUACAGCAGUCAAUUAUUGAGACAGAAACUGCAGCUACAGAAGUCAGAGAUGCAUUAGAUCAACUUAAUGCACAUUUAAUCAAAGGGUCAUUUAAGGGAUAUCAAGGUGAUGCAUUGAAUAGUUUUCAAACUGCAUAUGAAGAUUUAAAGCAAUACUACACUACAGAUGGUCAACGUAUGGUUGCGUCAGCACGUCGACUUGCACAAGCCACAGCGCUUAUUAUUGCUGAUAUUAAAGCUCAGGCUGAAGAAUCUGGAGAUGAUUCAGACAAACAAAAUCAUUUAUUCCAUGCUGCUAAACAACUUGCAGAUGCUACGACUAAUCUUAUUAGUGCUGCUAAGGCAUGUUCAUCUAAUCCAGACAAUAUACAAUUACAAACAGAAUUACGUGAUACUGCAGAUGAAUUGAAUACACUUGCUUAUUCAGCUGGAGCAGAACAAUUUCAAACACGAUUAGUGUAUAAUUUACAGACUGCUGCUCGUGCUACAGUAACAGGUGCUACACAACUGGUGAAUAUUAGCCAGGCAUCUACGAAGUAUUCUCGUGGUAACAGCUAUCAAUUGCAUAACGAUACAAGGAAUGUGACUAAUCUUAUUCCUAAAACUGUCAUUAAAAUUCGAGAGUCACGCGCUAAUCCAAACGAUCCAAUGACAUUACUUGAAUUAAUUGGUGCCUGUGAACGUUUCAUACAACCAUGCACUGCAAUGGUACGAUCUAGUAAAUCAUUAGCACCAACCCUAUCUGAUCCGGCUAUUCAAGCAGCGUUAGAAAAUUCAAAUAUUCAACUAGCCAGCGCUUUAGAGACAUUGGUCACGUGUUUGAUAAGAGCUGCACCUCUUGCUCGUCAUUUACAAUUAGAUGGCGCAUUGGCUAGAUUAACGCGUCUAUCUGAAGAAGUGACUACAAUGGAGACUAGUUUGGUUCAAGGUGUACUGGCUCCGAUACCAGAACAAAAGGUGGAGGACUGUUGUCAUCUGCUUAAUGCAAGCGUUCAUAAUGGGACCGAAUCAGCUAGACAGUUGGAGUCUGUCAUAAAUGCGUUGGCCAACAUGGAUUCGGCUACAUUAAGUCAACCUGAGUUGGCCGGUCAAUCAGCUGAUCUUUUGGCUUCAGCUAUCGCUGGACUUGUACAGGCUACCCGUGGUAUCAUAGCCGAUCAAAAUGGUCUUGUUGUCGGUGGCACGGCUUCGAGCUCACCACAUGUUUCCAGUUCCGCUGCGGAAUCAACACGUAGAGCUGUUGUUCAAGAUGCUCGACAAGCUGUCCAACUAUCAUAUGAACUAGUUAGAGCUGCAAAAGACACACAAAUUGCAUGUGAUUCAAAUCAACCAGCCAAUGCAGCAACAGUUCAUAGUCAUAGUCAGCAACUAACUUCACAACUUAUUGAAACAUUAACCCGGUGUCUACGUGGUUUACCUGGACAUCGUGAAAUCAGUGAAGCCACUCAUUUAAUUGAACAGAAACGUUCUCAGUUAAUUCAGUUUUCCCAACCGAAUCAAACUAGAUUAACAGCACGAUUUGUCGAACCAAAUGAAUAUCAAAAAAGGCAAACAGAUUUAACUCAAGCGGCAGUAGAAUUCAACCAAGCUACAGGGGACUUAUUGUCUUCAUAUUCACCUGGAACAUUUCGGCGAACAACCCGUCGUUUUACCGGUGCUUAUGAUCAUUUAACAGAUAAAGGUAUUGAAUUGUCUGCAUGCAAUGAAAUUUCAUCUGCUAAUCAACAAGCUGAGCCUGUUGUCAACUCUGAUCUGUUGAAUGGGCUCAUCAAUGUUUCAGACCAAAGUUAUAUUUUAAUGAAUGAAGCUAGUCGAGUUUGUGCUCAACCUGAAGCAGAGAAUUUAAGAGGGAAAUUUCAAUCAGCAGCUCGAGAUGUUACAGAGAGUAUAAGUCAAUUGCUGACAAUUUGCACGUCGGGCGUUAGUGUUGAUCAACGAGAAUGCGAAGCAGCACUCAGACGCCUGGAAACACUUCGUCCAUUAUUGCAAAAUCCCAACAGACCACUGAAUCAACAUAGUUAUUAUGACUGUGUAGAUGCUGUCGCUAAAAGUUUAGAGCCAUUAGCUGAAAGUUUAAGAUCCAUGUCCACAUCAGCUCGUGAACAAAGGCCUAAUGAAUUCAGUUCAGCUGUACGCCAAUGCGCCAAUUCUGUUUGUCAAUUAGUUGAAGAAACUGCUCAGGCUGCAUAUUUAAUUGGAUCAGCUGAUCGUAAUGACAGUAGAAGAGAAGGUGGCACUGGUGGUAUUGCUCCCGCAUCCGGUUCAUUAGUAGACUUGGAUUUAUUUAUUCAAAGUCAAACAGAAAUACAAAAUGCGUGUGAUGCUAUAUGUGAACCAAGUGUGAAUAAUCGUCAAGUGAUUGCUUUAUCAACUGAAAUGGCGCGUAGCGCCAAAAUUCUAUGUGAAGCUUGCAGUCAAGUCUCAAAUCAAACUACUAAUAUAGACGCUCGGCAACGUCUAAACAAUCUAACUAAACAGACUAUGCAAUCAAUUACAUCGCUUAUUCAACAUCGAGGUAGCACUGUGGCUACCGAUGUCAACGGUGAAUGGUCUGAAUGUAAUCGUCAGCAGACAUGGGCGAAUGCACAAGGUGUCAGUGCUAAUGUGGCCAACUUGGUAAAGCUCAUAACAACUGAACCACAAUUUUCUGAUCUAAUAAUCUCACACAAACAACUUACCAAUGCAACUAAAGAAGCUCAACGUCCGGUCUGUGUUGCUGGUCUUGAAAGUUUGAAUGCCACACAGACUGUGUUACGCGCCGCUCAAAAUUUGGUAACCACAUCGAGAAUGGGAUCAUCAGAGAAUAGUUUUAUUGCCUUUUCAACGGCUAGUAAAGAUCUUUCUAAUAGUAUUAAAGUAUUAGCCACUGCUAUGCGUGAAAAUGCUCCUGGCCAACGUGAAUGUCAGCGCGUUUCUAAUAAUAUCAGAAAGUUACUCCAUGAAUUACAAGAUGCACGUAUUGCUAGCAUGGAGAAUCGACUGCCACCAAGACGUGAAUUGAAUGAAGAAGGCUUUCAAAGACAACUAGCGACGAGUGUUCGUGCCUUAUUGGAUUCAGCACCGGCUGUAGGGCGUGCAGCUUCCUCUGAAGCAGAACAACUUGGUCGCACUAUACUUGCAUGGGAUUCUUAUCUUCCUGGUCUAGUUUCUGGUUCCAUAGCGGCUGCAUCACGUUCUCCUUUGCCUAGUACACAGUUGGUUUACUUGGAUCAUGCAUCCACUGUUUUGGAGGCUGCUAGUCAACUGAUUACUGUUGCUAAAGAUUCUGGUGGCAAUCCAAGAGCCGUACAUCUUCAUGAUAGCUUGAAUGAAUCCGUCCGUGGUUUAGUGGUUUCUUGUGAAGAAUUUUUAACCAUCCUAGACGAUGUUGCUUCUCGCCAAGGACAUGUCAGUACUCUAAUAGACACUCUGAAUCGUGCUCAAGCUCAGGCUGAAGAAAUAAUCCAAGUUCCUGUGGAUGCACGCUUUUCUGACUAUCAAACACGUAUGCUAAGAAUAGCUCGACAUAUGGACCGACUGAAUCAAGCUAUUCAGUUGCGUGCAAGACAGCCUGCGUCAGAUGGGGAAAUCGCACCGCUGGCGCAUAAUUUAACACAGGAAUAUCAAGAAAUGUGUCAAACGUGUAAAGGUGCCGCUGCUACUUUACCUGAUGUAAAUCAAGCAGAUCAAUUAAGAUCAGCUGUUCGAGGUGUAGGCACUGCGUGUAUAAGUUUGGUGCAAGCUACAUCUGCCAAUCGUUCAUAUUAUACAGAUUCAUAUGGAUCGGGGACAGGUCAGCAGUUAAUGUUGAGUCGUAAUAAAAGUAUUGCUGAAUUGGAUAAACGAGCUGAAUUCUUAGAUGCAAAAUUACGUAACUUGAUCAGUCUACUAGAAACACAUGGUCCAGGUACACAAGCUUGUCUACAGUCUGCCAGUACAGUGAGCGGAAUCAUCUCCGAUUUGGAUACAACUAUUCUUUUUGCUAGUUCAGGAACUCUGCAUCCACCUAUUCGUGAUGAUGUUGAUGCAUUAUGGGCUGAUGAUGAAUAUGGUCAAUCAAGACUAGUUGAUCGAAAUCAUCCUGGUUAUUUGGCAUUAUCAAAUAUUACAGAUGGGACUGGUUUACCAAGUCGUGCAGGAAGUAAACCAGAAAUGCAUAAUUCAGAGAAUUUCACUCCUCUAAGAGAAAGCAUAGCUCGUACUGCACGUGCUCUUGUUGAUGAUACUCAAUCAUUGGUUAGCGGAACUGGUGAAGAUCAAGCACGACUAGCUACCACAGCGCAUAUUGCAGUUGAACGUAUUACACAACUUGCUGAUGUCGUCAAACGCGGUGCAGCAGUGAUUGGUCCAGGUCAACCAGAUACACAGGUGGAAUUAUUAACACCAUGUCGAGAUGUUGCUAUUGGACUACGUAGUUUAUUUCUUUCAGCUGGUAAAGUUCAAGGACUUUCGUCUAUCGAUCCUGUUUACGAUGAAGUUAGAUCAAACGCUCAAGUAGUCAUUUCUAACGUUGGUCAACUUCUUCAAACUCUAAAGUCAAUCGAAGAAGAUGAACGACGGGGUAUACGAUCGCUUGAACUUGCUGCUAGAUAUUGUCGUGAACAAGCAAAGCUUCUUCCAUCCUCAAAAGAUCCGGACUGUGUACUUACACCGACUAGCCUACAUAAAUCAACUGCCCAUAGUGCACAUAGCGUUUCAGCUACUAGUGCUUCUUCUAGUCUAAUUGCACGUUAUUUAGCCCCAGACGACUUAGCGCGUGCUGCUGGUGGACCUGUUCAGUCUGCAGUGUCAAAAGCAAUUUUAGCAAGCAAUACACAAACACAACGUGAUGUCAUCCACACCACCUCAGCGACUCGAGAUGCAGUAACUGAUUUAGUCACAGCUGCUAGGAGCCUACUUCGUUACUCGGAAAUCACCGCAGAGACAAAAUCAGCUUGUGCUAUAAUAACAAGGGAGUUGGCUGAGGAGUUUGCUGUCCUGUUGGAUACCCUCAAAGAUGGUUUGUGUACUUCCAAGAAGCCAGAAGUAGAGAAAGUUUCGAGUAUAGCUCGUCGUAUUGCUGACAUUUCACACAGUUUGAUUAAUUUGGUUGAUAGUCUCAGGGAGGGACCACGACUGGUUAUGUAUUUCCGCGCCAGCAGUCCUGAGUGGCGUGAUGUGGCUGAAAAGUUCAUUGGACGUCACGUGGCCUAUCAUCACCAUUACGUGUCAAAUUACGCAUUGGCUGGUUUGGAGUCGACACACAAAAGCGUUUAUAUUCGUCCCACAUGUUAUCCCUUCCAGCUGUCAUAUGAUCAAACUAGCGAGCAAUCUGCAAAUGAUGAGGCAGAGUGUCGGGUUGUGGAGGCUAUCACUCAGCUCAAUUCAUCUUUGGAAAAAUGUUCCGCGAACAAUAAAUUAGCUCAGUCUCUUCUUGUUUCGGCUAGAUCAGUAGCUGCGUCUGUUCAAAAUCUCAUCAGAACCGCUCGAACUGUUGUGUCUAUCCCACCUACUGAUGCUGUGGAUAGGGCUCGAGCAGCAGACGGCACCUCACAGAAAAGCACUAGCUCAGCUGCUCUUUGGCGUACCGAGCUUAAUAUAUCGCUUGCCACUCAACAUUUGUGUCAACUGUCCAAAUUAUGUUCAGAAACAGUUCCAUCUACAACCUCGACCGUGAUUGAUGAUACCAAUGGUGAAUUGUCGGGAAGGUUGAUUUUGUCACGUGAAAGACUUUUGGCUGCUGUUCGACAGGUGGCGACUGCAGGGGCUCAACUGCUUUUAGCAACCAAAUUGAGGAAAGAAGCACUCAUGUCUGCUGAUAUUCGAAAGCUAAAAUCUGCCGGUCAAGCUGUGAAAGAAUCUACAGAUCUCCUUGCUGAAGCGGUUCAGAGAAGCAGUGUAGCGCCAAUUAGUUCAACUCCUUCCGGUAUAACUUGGCCGAUGUACUCAAAUGAAGCAUUGUUAAAGGGUAUCCACACUAAAGCUCAAAUCCACUCACAACAAAUGGAAUUAAAAGCGCUUGAAUCUCAGCUUGCUCGUUUACAACAGGCGCAACUUUCGUGA